UGACCCCUUGUUUAUUGACCUUAAACCUAGUCGUCUGAGAAAAGUGAAGAAAGGUGGAAACAAUUGCUUAGAGUAUGUCAAUCUCAGGUUAGGCUCCGGUGCCCCCCGCCAGCUCAUUAAUGUACCAUGGAGUCUGUGCCCGAUCUGGCCCCGGCCCCGGUGCUGUUCCCGCCCUCGGCCCCGCCUCCAGACCUGGCUCAACUCCACCAGCAUCUGUCUGCUACUUUGGCGACCCACCAUCUCUUGGGUCUGACAGUGGGUCCUUGGCUCAUGAUUCUUCGUCCCGUUCGUUCAGAACCGCCCGAAAAGCCCGAGGACCCGGAAGAGCCCUUUUGGGCCUCGACCUUUCUGAUCCAUAGCACGUCACGGGUCUUUCUGCACCGAAUCUACGGCCGAACUUUGGAAAAAGGCUCUUUCGAGGCUUGGCCGGAGUUGCCACCCCUGAUCCAUCGGGCUUUCUCGGAAUUGAGGGCGUGUCGAGGCUUCUCAGCCGCCUUAGCUCCAAGUGGCAAGAUAUUUGAAGCCGAUUUUACCUUGCAGAACUUUCCAUUUGAUCGGAUUGUGUCGAAAGACUGUUUGGUGGCUUUUCAACCGGAAUCCGCCCAUUUAGCGCCAGCCGAAGAUGCGUUCAUGUGCGAGCGAUGUCGGGAAUUAUUUUGGCGAAUCAAGGCCCAACCCGAAAUGGUGGGGAACUUGAAGCCGGUCCCCGUGAAGGAUGAGGCCACCCCAUCGGAUGACGAGUCCUUGAUGCGUCUUCGGAAACGACGACCGAAACGGAAACGUCGGAAAGAUGAGGAUUUUUGGGAGCCGGAUUCGGAUUUGAAUGGCGAGAAAGAGGCGGAUGAUUCGUCGAUCAAGUCGGAGUUUCAAACGCUGCCUUUGGAUGUGACCAUGAACCAUGAUGAAGAGGAUGAACUCGAGGCCAAGGUCAAGCGGAAGAAGAGAGCGGGGCGGAAAAAGAAGGCGGCUGUAGCGGACAGUUUCAAUGAGUCGGAUUCCGAAUACGAUCCAGAUGACGACAAAGAGGAGGUCCAAAGAGAGAUCGAAGCGCUUCAUUUUGAUGAAAUGCACAAACAUCGGCAGAAAAACGAUCCGGGUCGAGCGCCCUUUGAGUGCGAUCACUGCGGCAAAGAUUUCAAGCUCCGAGGUCAAUUGAGGGCCCAUUGGGUCAGUAUCAACCGCUUAGGGGAUUUUGUGUGUAAAUUGUGCACCUUCCAAUGUACAUUUCUGAGCGGACUUUUGGCGCAUGUGGAGCUAGUUCAUCCCGAGAACAUUCGGGAAUUCGCUCACCUGCGCCAAGAGGACGAGGAAAUGGAGGCCAUGAAGGACCCGAAAAAGUGCGGGGUGUGUAACAUGAUCUUCAAUGGCAACACUAUGCUCUUUCGUCAUCGUGCCCAAUACCACGAGUUGGGCGACUUCAAGUGCGCCGAUUGUGGAGUGCCGUCAUUGACCCGCUACGAUCUCAUGGUUCAUCGGAGUCGCGUUCACGAUGAGACCAUUGUGAAAGAGAUCCCUAGUUUGGAAGGCAUGCAAGCCACAAUCGGUCCCGAUGGGAAAGUAAAACUCAAGCGACAAUCGUUCAUAUGCGAUGCGUGUGGGAAGGGCUUCAAAUAUGAUUCCGGGUGCGACGCCCACCGACGGACCAAGCAUUGUUGGGGCAUGUUCAAUUGUGAUAAAUGUGAUCAGAUGUGUCAUUACGCCAGUUCGUUUGUGGCUCACCUCGCCCACUUUCACCCCGAGGACGAAAUGAUCGACUGCCCAUCGUGCUCGGAGCGAAUCGCCUUCACCCCGGAUCCGCACCUGUUCUAUGGCCAUUAUAUGGCUUGCACCAAACGGUUAGGGAAUGCUCAAAUUCGCGGUCACAAAAUGAGUCAUGACUCCGGUAAGAAACGGAACACGCUCACCUUCCAAUGUGACGAGUGUGGACGCUCGUUCUCGUCCAAAUACCAAUUUCAAGCCCACGUGGACUCGCACCGUGGCAUCGAGAAGUACAAAUGCGAGGAUUGUGAUUACGCCACGAAUUUCCCUCACGUGUAUACGGAUCACCGGAAGAUACACUUACGAGAGAAGGGCUUGACGAAUGCGGACACAGACGUGGUUCUCUUUCACCCGUGCCAUGUCUGCGGCAAACAGUUUCGAACCAUGUCCAGUUUGCGCGAACAUGUCAAGGUUGUUCAUGAGGGGAUUCGAAAAGAAAUGCCGUGUGGAGACUGCGGCAUGGUGUUCUAUAGUAAAGGAGCUUUCUACAAUCAUAAGAAGAAGAUCCACGGGUUCGUAUCGAAUCGGACGAGAUGCGGGAAGCGGAAUUUCCUCACGGGCACAACCAUCAAACCCGAUGCCAAUGAAAGCAAGGAGAGUCCAUCUCAUAUGUCGUAACUGAAUCUCAUUUUUUAUUUUAUCAAAGGGUACAUAACAAUCUACACAAACGUAUGGUGUUGAAAUACAUAGACAAUGGAAUCUAAACAAA